AUCGUUUGUGGGAGGGUCACCUUCAAACGCGAGGCUAUGGGCGGGAAACGCUUUCGUUGGCUCUCUCACCGGCUCGUCACAGUAUGAGCUGACCAAUAGACACAUGUUAUGGGUUUGGCCGACGAAGACACGCAAUCAGAGCACGCGCUCCGCUACGCUAAACAUUUGCAUGUAGGAGUGAAUAAAAGCCACUGCGACGGGUAUCUUCGUUAUUCAGCGUCUGAUAACCUGUGUGGCAGCAUCAUGCCUGAACCAGCCAAGCCCGCGCCCAAGAAGGGCUCUAAGAAGGCCGUCACCAAGACCGCCGUUAAGGGAGGAAAGAAGCGCAGAAAGUCCAGGAAGGAGAGUUACGCCAUCUACGUGUACAAAGUCCUCAAGCAGGUCCACCCCGACACCGGCAUCUCUUCCAAGGCGAUGGGCAUCAUGAACUCUUUCGUCAACGACAUCUUCGAGCGCAUCGCCGGCGAGUCGUCUCGUCUCGCGCACUACAACAAGCGCUCCACCAUCACGUCGAGAGAGAUCCAGACCGCCGUGCGUCUGCUGCUGCCCGGUGAGCUCGCCAAACACGCCGUGUCCGAGGGCACCAAAGCCGUCACCAAGUACACCAGCUCCAAGUAAAGCGACGCUUUCAUCCGCCGCACCCAAAGGCUCUUUUAAGAGCCACCCAUGACGUCACU